AUGAGCAUACAGACCGACAACAGCAGACAGACAACAGCCAAGAACUACACCAAAACAACAACAGCAGACCGACAACAGCAGACAGAAAACACCAGACCAACAGCAGCAGACCAACAACAACAGACCAACAACAGCCAAGAACUACACCAAAACAACAACAGCAGACCGACAACAGCAGACAGACAGCAGCAGACCGACAACAGCAGACAGACAGCAGCAGACCGACAACAGCAGACAGACAGCAGCAGACAGAAAACACCAGACCAACAGCAGCAGACCAACAACAGCAGACAGACAGCAGCAGACCGACAACAGCAGACCGCAGCAGACCGACAAUAGCAGACCGACAACAGCAGACCAACAACAGCCAAGAACUACACCAAAACAACAACAGCAGACCGACAACAGCAGACAGAAAACACCAGACCAACAGCAGCAGACCGCAGCAGACCGCAGCAGACCGACAAUAGCAGACCGACAACAGCAGACCAACAACAGCCAAGAACUACACCAAAACAACAACAACAAAAACAGAUCAAUGUGAUCUGUGUAGUGAACAAAUUUGAAUAAACCGUUGCCUGCCUCGAUUAUCAGAAUGUUCACAGAUAUACUGUGCCAUGACAAACAUUGUAUAUAAUGUCGAGGACGAAUGUAUCACCGCCAGGACACAAUGUCCCUUAGACUUACAAUUUAUUUGCAGGCAAGACCAGAGGACGAAUAUCGUAUCUAUAUCAUGGACGUAGGUUCUAGUUGUACAUUAUAACAAUUCCAUUGCGCAGUAAACAUGUUACAUGAUGCACAGUUAUACAUGCAUAUUUCAGGAAUCUCAUUAGUCCAGUCAUGUCUUGGAGAACAGAAGAGCGUGUUAGUGCUAGCGUGGUAGAUUUAUCUCGGGUAGACGUAGUGGCGGUAUUAGUAUUUUGUUUUCCAAAAUAUUUAGAACUGACGGGGACUCAAUCAAUUUAUACUCUGUAUAUCAUUGUAAUGUGUACACGUCAUAAUACUAUAAACGUAUGUGCUUCAAGUGUAAAGGGCCAGCUGCUGAAAAUAGUAUUUAUUUCCAACACUUGUUUGAUGUAUGUUUAAAGAGUUUUAUAGUCAUUACUUAAACAUCCACAUAUAUAUCAUUUUCUACGCCAAUACACGUCCGAGAUAAAUUGACUUACAAGUGGCGGGAACUCGUCAUUUUGAAUCAUGUUUAAGAACUUGCAUUAAUGUCCUGCAUUGAAAAUAAGGACAGAGGCUUGACUUAAUAAGUAUAUAUAUA